AUGGUCAUCAAAUACGAGCUAGAUUUCUUGCUCUCUUUGCAGAACUCACCGCUAUGCACCCGUCCAGAUAAUCUGCCUCCGCUGGAGGAGUGGAUGGGGUCCAACGAGCAGCAACAGCAGAGUCGUCAGCCGAGCCAGUCUACGCGCAGUCAACAAUUGCAAAUGGGUCGAUUCGACAAGAACACUCUGACAGAUGACCCUGACGAUAUUGUCUUUGGGCCUCCCCGCACAUCCUUCACCUCCGCCGGUCGAAACAAGUUAUCAGACAAUGACAGGAUUAUUCGUGACAGCGACGGCACGGGGCGCUUUGCUAAUUUGAGAAACCGCGUUGGCGACGCAGAUGCCGAACGCUUCCGCGACGGGCGUAACACCAACUCCCUGCGGCGUCGCGAGGGGGGUGACCAGGACAGCGAGGGCUGGAGUACCGUGAAGCCUAGGAAAAGCUUCGGGGCAGACGGCGCCGAGAAGUUCCUCCAGGGCCGCAUGGGUGGCAGUUUUCGGGACGAGAAGAGGACACCACGUGACCGCGAAGAGCGCUCAGUCCGUCUAUAUGAGGGUACCAACAGGGAUAAUAAGGACGGCGAAGAGGAUGGCCGACCUCGCAAUGGCCUCGCGCGUCACAAGACUGAGAACAGCGAGAGUCGCGUGCCCGAAAAGCGCGAACGAAUGGAUCGGGCCAAGAGCUGGAGAGAGCGUGAUCCCGAAGCUGAGGCUGUAGAAGAUCACGUCUCUUCGCGAACAGAUCAUCGACAGGAUCGAAGGUGGGGUGGAGGUCGCGACCAGCGAGGCGAACGCGAACCUGAAUGGUUUGACGAGCCGGCAGCCCCCCAAGCUGAAGCCAGGACGCAAGAAGACUUCAAAAAGUGGCUGGCUGACAUGAAGAAGUCAAAGGGUGAAGCCACUACGACUUCUGCGGGGCCAGCAUCGGCUCCCCUUUCUGAGCCGGCCCAGGAAAAGGCAAAACCUCCUGUACGGCCAUCGCCAGCCGUCGCCCCUGGGCCAGACAAGUUCUUUGCUGCUUUCGGCAGUCCGUCAGACCAGGACGGUGGCGAGUCAAAGCCGUCUGCGGCCAAACCUUCGGGCAAGUCGUCACGAUUCACAUCCUUCUUCAACCAGGAAGCUCCCAAGACCGAGCCAGCCACAUCUGCUGCAGCUGCGCCUCCACCUCCGCCCUCUGGUAUGAAUGGACUGCUUGGUGCCUUGGCAGGCAUGUCGAGCACGCCGGGCCAGAACACCAACGAGGAGAAACAGGCUUUCCAACUAUUGUUGUCCAAGCUACAGAAACAGACGAUGAGCAGCUCCCCUGGCGGUGUUUCGCCGUUUACCGCGCCACCGCAACCGCAACUCCAGCAGCAAGUCACUCCUGGCGACAACGGGCCAAAGGGAGCUAUGCGCUCGCCUUUCCAGGAAGGUGGUCUGCUGGGGCGGCCCCCACUCCAGCAUCACACAACCGAUAUCCACGCACCUCGACCGCAACAAAACGCCCGCCCUGAGCAGCUGUUGCAGGACCUGAGUGGCCAGCAACAGCAUCAACGAGUCUCUAGCCAGAGCUCCAGCCGAGCCGACGUUCCUCAAAGGAGCAACAGUAACACCGAGUUUCUUAUGAACCUGAUGCGCGCAGGGUCAGAUGGUCCGCGCACGGAUUCGGCGAUGCUGCGCGCAGCACAGCAGGCCAACAAGCAAAACGGACCAGGCCCCAUGCCCCACCCUCACGAUCGCGAAACCGAGUUUGGACCAGACGGUCGCGGACCUCAGGGCCCUCGAAUGCGUCCAGGUCCGCCACCAGGCUUUGGCAUGGAUGAGAGCUUCCGAGGAGGCGACAGCGAAUACCGAGGGCCUCCGCCGCCAACCCAGAUCUUGCAACGACCGCAGCCACCGCCUGGGCUGGACAGACUUGAGCAGGGUCCCCCGCCAGGCUUCAUUAGCGGCCCUGGCGGGCCUCUGCCGCCACACCUUCAGCAGCAUCAAGCGUCUCAGCAGCCGCCGCCGCCGCCUCCGCCUCCCCAACAACAGACUCAGCAGCAACGUCACAUGAUUGCGCCUCCCGGCCUGGUGGGCGGCGGCCCUGGCGGACCAGCCAUACCGGGACGCAAUGGACCUCUCCCUCCUGCCAUGGCUGGCAUGUUUCCUCCUAACAUGAGGCCAAUGCCACCACACCCAGAACACCUGGGCAACAUGCCGCCGCGUGGAAUGGGACCUCCCCCGCCCGGGUUUUUUAACGGUCCGCCCCAUGGCUUCAUGCCACCAGGUAUGGGUGGGUUUAAUGGACCACCUGGACCCGAGUUUGCUGGCGGGCUGUAUGAGCGUGGAAUGCCCCCGCCAAAUGGGGGUCGGGGCGGUAACUUCAGGGGUUAG